AUUAAACGAUCCGAAGUGGUAGUUGCUGGGUUGGUUGUUCGUUUCGUCGCGAGUGUUUGUAUGACAGAGAAGAAUAGUAUUUAAUUUCAAAAUUUUCUCCGGAAUUCGGUCUGUUCUGUUCUUAAAAUCGUGCAUUGUAAAGUAAAAAAAGCAUUGAAGAGCGAACCGAAACACGCAAGAUUUAUUCCUCGAUGAAGUGGAUACAAGAGGUAGAUGUGAUCCCGCAAGUGGUUAAGAACUGAUCCGGAGCCGCCUGAAACCAGUAGUACCACGAUCAUCAUCUACACGUGAAUUGUGCGGCCUUGGCUUUAAAGCCAGAAAAUCACUACUAUGGACAUCAUCGACGUAGACGACGUUCUCGUUGAUGACUCAUUCGACGGUGACACGCAACGGCUGCACGACGAGGUGGAGGAAAUUUUAAAACAAUGGAAAUCAUGCGGUGCAUUCCCGCAACAUUCAUCGAGCACAACAAGCAAUGGCGUCAUCGCACCACCAGCAACAUCGGCAGCCUCCAAUAAUUGUGGCAGCAGCAGCAACAGCAACAGCAACAGCAACGGCAACGGCGACGGCGGCACCAGAAGCAGUUUCGGUUUCGGGGGCCCGCAAACGACGAACUGCUUCACUCCCAACAACCGCAACAACUACGGCAUCGGCGGCAACCUCAAUGGUACCUUCAAUAGCGAUGGCAAAGGUGCCAAAUAUAUCGAUACACGAACGUUCACUCGACCGAAGAAAAAACACGACUCUCUAUACAACCCAGUCCUAGAAACGGCACCUGAGCAACCAACAAAACUGUCAUCACCACUGCUGAACGUACAAAUUGGCGGUCCAGUGACACUUUCGAAUACCCCCAACCCACUGAUGAACUCAAGUCAGAUGAUGCAGCGGAGUUGGUUGAAUGAUGUGUCUCCACCGAAUUCUAUCAUGUCAUCGAUGGAUUUCUCGGUAAAUGAGAAAAUGGGUAGUAGUCUCAUAACUAGUGGAGAUUUUACGAACGUGAGCUCUUUUCUAAAUGCGAAUGGAGGAGAUGACAUGCUCGGUUCGCAGAGCACUUAUGAUGGUUACAAACUGGCCGAUGUGAUAAAAGAUCGUAAAUUUUUGGAGAAUCUUUCGGGCCUUGAUGAAACAAUGACAAAGGAUCACGCGAUAUCAAAAACCGAUUUAAACGGUAUUGAGGAAAAUUUAUCUGGUCUGAGCACGAUGCAGAAUUCUUUGGAAAGCGUUACCAAAAGUGCGGAAGGUAGACUGUCGGAUGUGACAAUGAUUUUAGAUCAUAGGAAAGCUAACAGUACCUUCGAGGUCACGGAAGCGAAAGAUUCGAACGCUCCUGUUGCAUCUCGAGAUAAGCUCAAUAGCACAUUCAACCGGAGGAAAAAUUUUGAUACCUACCGCAAGCCUAAAUCUAGUCUCAAUAGUACAUUUGACGCAUUGCCCAAGGUAGACACCGAUGAGCCAAUGGUGGUGGAUCAGACAUUCGACAAAGUUGUGGACACGACUUUUGGUGUAACUGAUGCAGGCAACGGUACAUUCUGCCUCAAUCGUACCGCUAAAGUUACAGAAGGAGAAGAAAAACAACUAAACCAGACCUACGAAUAUUGCAAAAGGAAAACAACGGAGUUGAAUCAAACAUUUGAAGGAAUUAAAAAUGAAACAUUCGUACCAAACGAUGUAAGUCCGGAUAAUAUUGGUGAUGAUUCUUUCAAUGGUACAUUUGAAAUAUCGAAAAAUGGAAUUGAAUGUGGAAAUUCGGUGGAUAUGGUUCAAUCUACACCGUUUGUACAAGUGCCUAGAAUGAAACGAGUCAGUAAUAUUUCACAAUAUGAAAUGAAUGUUUCACCAAUCGCUGCUGGUCCUGUAGCGCGAAUAUCCGACAGUGGUAUGAGAGGUAGCAGAAAUCUCGAGCAAGACUUAGAGCAUCAUAUGGAGACUGAUGAUUUUGACGUGGAAUUCCGGAAACUUCCACUAACUCCCAAUUCGAAGACUGAAAGUAGCAACGGUUCUCACUUGCUGGAGAGCGAAAAAAGAAUAUCGUUGCAGCAAUUUGAAGAUUUUGAAAAAUCAUUCAUGGAAAGUGAACAAAAUGGUGUAGAUUUCGAUGACAUGUUGAAUUCAUUAAUGGAUGUUAGGCGUUCUGGGGACAGUGUGAAAUUACGCCAAUCUCUUGAUAAUAUUAAAAGACGCCAUUCUCGCAUUAAUAGUGAAAAGCAACAGGAAGACAUACGAAAGCGUGUAGAAUUGACCGAAUCGUCUUCGUCACCUCUGGACAACAAAUUAGUAGAUUCAAUGGCAAGAAGUAUGUCGUCCUCGAGUGGAAGUGAAAGGUUGCUCAAUCGAAGGAGUAGGUACAAUGAUGAUGUCCAUUUAACCUUGUCCCCGCAGAAUCAAUCCGUAUCAUCCGUAACACCACAACAGGAGCUAGAAUCCCAAUCUAACGAAGCAAAGGACGUUCAAUAUCCCCUUCCUACUGCCCCAGAGGUAGGAAACAGUGAUAAGAAAAAUCGCGACCGAUUCAAAACUAUUCGUAUCAGCAAACGACGAGAAGAGGGUAUGGUAAUAGUCCCUGGCCCAGGAGAGAUUGAAGACUGUUUUGCGGAACCUGUAUCUCUUGUAGCAGAAGAAGAGGUACCUGUUUCGCCAAUAGUUGAGACGAGUGCCUUCAGUCGUGUGGAUUACAAUUCACCAAAAGAUAGCAGAGUUCCAACGGUUGGAAGUGUGAGCAAUAAUGAACAGAUCUUCAAAAUGCCUCAAGGUAUACCCAAGCCUGAGACUAAAGUGAGAUCACUUUCCAAACCACGUUAUGGUGCACAAAGUAGUGGAUAUGGUUUUUCUCGAAAAGAUCUUUCCCUUCCUUUGACAGCAAAAUCCAGCUCAACCGAUAAUUUGGAAAAUAAUCGUCCUAACUAUCAACAGUCCAGAUUGUCAUUCGGGGGCAGUAAAUUGUCUGCUAACGGAGAUAGUUCUAUUGGUGGAGGGAAACCUCAACUACAAUCAAACUUAAAAUCUCCUAUGGGCAUCAAAUCCAAAUCAUACCACAACUUGUAUCACAAUCAAGUGAGUGGGGGUUCGAAUAGUAAUCUGAACAGGAUUCCAGGUCAGCUUGGUUUGUCAGCACAAAAACUUUCCCACAAUAAUAGCAAUAAUGAGCUCAAAAAUAACACUUCCAAGUUGCAGUUAAAUUUGCGAACUCCUCGUGCCAGUUCUCUCGUUCGACCGGCGGCAACAAACAGUUCUGGUUCGAUGUCGCUGCAGAAAACCUCGUCAGCCGAACUUACUACUAGCAGCAGUAUUAGCUCACCAACUCCUAAUAUAUCGGGAGUGCAAUUGCGAGCACCUAAGGCAGCGUCUCGGUUGGGAUUAGUUCGACCUUCAUCCGGUUAUUUCAGCUACAGUACGCAGCGGAAAAAUGUUGAUUCGGACACCGAAUCGAUCAAUAGUUUAUCUUCGUCAUCGGCUAGUUCUAGAGGAAGCUUAUACCGAAUAGAUAGUCAAGGUUCAGCUAACAAUGUACAAAACUAUGUAAACAAUAGUAUCGAAGAUAUUAGCGGUAGCAAUUACGCUGUAAAUACGAGCGGUAACAGUAUAGGGCAAAAGAAACCUAGCCUAAUCGAACCAAUGCGAACGACAGUUAACGCUGUCCAGCACAAAUCUACGGUCGGUUCAAUAGGAAGCUUGGGCAGUACCGGUACAUUGGCAGCAACAGGUACAGCUUUGCGGCCAUCCGGUUUACGACCUCCGUCAAAUCUACGACCCCCGACGGCACGAACAGGACUUCCUAGACCGACCAGUUACGUGCGACGAUAGACUGCAUAUUUCAGCAUUAACAGGUAAUCUUCUUCUCAUCCAUUCGAGCUUUAUCAAAAUCCGCAAAUAUGUAAAUUUGCCUACAAAACGUACGCCGAAUUUAACAUAAUCAUAGUAAUUUCCUCGUUUUUAUCAGUGAAUUUUCAGUUUUUAAAACUAGUUCGGAAGAAUUUAUAUUACAUUUUCUGAUUAUCAAUAUCAGAAUGUAAGGCCUUGAAAGCUUGUUAUAUAUCUUGUACGUCAGUGUUUUACUAUCUGUCUACAUUUAUUGGUUUUUUUUUCAUACACUGUUAUCAUAGAUUCUAUUCGAAAUUCAGUCUUACGUAUGUAAUCGAAGUUUUAGAUGAUUAGUAUAUACAGUAUACACUAUUACAUACUUUUGCGGCACGUCAUAUGUUUAAAACUGUCGCUUCUUUACUAGAAACCAAUUGUACCAUUUUCCAAUAAAUACUAAAUGUAUAAUGCCUUAAAACAAACUUUUCAAACGAUUGCCAUUCAAUUAUUAACAAAACGCGUCCGUUUCUAUGUUAAUAUUCUCUACGUUGCAUUUUAUUUUAACCCAAUAUUAACUACCCAUUGUUAAUUUCCUACAAGUAUUUUCGAAGAAUGACAUUUCCUCUAAAGUCGUUUCAUUUGCUUGUAAGUAACAACCUAGUUGUCUGAAGAAAUAAACCCAUCGCUCUAAGUUAAAGCUAUUAUCAAUUCUUUCAUGCAGUGGUGUUAACAUUAAAAAUACAAACCAGCUGGAUCGUGAGACUCAAACAAACGUCUUAACAAAACAGUUUUUUCUGAGCGUCAUUAUGUUGGAAAUGAAACCAUCACAAUUCCUUGAAAGAAAUUGUAUGAAGCAGAUCCUGAGCAAUAACGAGACUAACCAAAACGUUGUUAAUCAUAAGAUUGAAUUAUAAUAUCAAAAACAUUGACAUUCAACUACUCCCAAUAAUCUUAGAUAAUUCAUAAUUGGUUAAGCUUGAGCGUACAAUGGUUGAAACAAAAGCGUAAUAGAGAAAGAUUUCUUUAACUCUAUAGUUUAUUGGAGCACAGGAAGCGAUUCAUUCUAUGGAAUUAACCUGACGAACAGGUUACAGAUUGUAAUUAGACUGGAAUAAGCUCUGAAAAAAUCUAUAAUUUGUAUACACCUGAUAACGUUCAGUUGUUGCGGUACAGGAAUUUUUUUUCUUAGUUGCAAUUUGCUUUUUCAAACUGAAGCAACAUUGACUUUACGUGCAACUGGUAAAUAUUGGCAGGUAUCCAUUCGAUCUUGUAUCAUAAGUGUAUACAGAAUGCUGUCGUAGAAGAUCUCAGUGAUCUUUGGUUACAUGUGUAUCUUGACAAAUAUAUAUUUAUAUAUUUAAA